AUGGCGGAAUAUAAAGGUGGAUCAGGUGAUGGAAUGAGGAUUAGGAUGAUGGAGAAACAGCGAGAGAAUGAACAGAGAGAGUUGAAUAAACUGAAGGAAAAGAUUAAAGAGGACAAUAAGACAUCGGUUGUCAAUAUCAAUCAAAAGUUUGAAUCUGCAAACGAUACAUCGAAUGCCUUUAAGAAUGUAGGUCUAGUUUCAAUGUCUGAAUUUACAAGCAAUCUUAAAGGCAAUGAUCUACAACAACAACAGCAGCAACUUCAAGAUGAUAAUAAGAAACGUUCAUCAUCAAGCAACAGUACAAUUCAAUCAAAGAAGAAAAAACAAAAAAAAGUUACAAAAAAUAAACUAUCUUUUGAUGUAGAAGAUGAUGAAGAAGAUCAAGAACAAGAUAAAGAAGACAACAAAAAUAAUGAUAAGAAUAAUAAUGAUGAUGAUAACUCAGUUUCAAAUGUAAAUAAUAAUAGUAGUAAUAAAAAUAAUAAUAAAUUUAAACUUGGUAAAGAUCCAACAGUUAAUACAGAAUUUCUACCGGAUAAGGAACGUGAGGAACAAGAAAGAAUGGAAAGAGAGAAACUUGCUAAACAGUGGAUUGAAGAUCAAGAUAAGAUAAAGGCAGAGGUCGUUGAGAUUACAUACAGUUAUUGGGAUGGUAGUGGACAUCGUAGAGUAUUGCAAUGUACCAAAGGCACCACAAUCGACAAGUUCCUAGAGAUGGCAAGACAAGAAUUCAAAGAACUUCGUGGUGUCUCUGUAGAUCAUUUAUUAUUUAUUAAAGAAGAUUUAAUUAUACCACAUAAUUAUUCAUUCUAUGAUUUAAUUAUAGAGAAGGCAAGAGGAAAGUCUGGUCCUCUCUUUAAAUUCGAUGUACAUGAUGAUGUUAGAUUGGUCAGUGAUGCAACCGUUGAGAAAGAUGAGACUCAUGCAGGUAAAGUAGUUGAAAAGUCGUGGUAUGAAAAGAAUAAACAUAUAUUUCCAGCAUCGAGAUGGGAAGUCUACGAUCCAACCGUAGCAAGAGAUAAAUACACUAUUUCAGAUAAACUUUCAAAACAUUGA